AUGAACAAGCUUAAUGGAGCAAUCCCAAUCGAAAUUGGCCAACUUCAUAAGUUGUCAAUACUGAAUUUGAGCUGGAAUUCUCAGGGUGGAUCAAUUCCAUUUGAGAUUACAAAGUUGAGCAAUAUUACUUUCCUGAACUUGCAAACCAAUAAUCUAAGUGGUUCCAUACCAACAUCCAUUGACAACUUGAAAUUUCUCUUUGAACUCCAACUCAGGGAAAACAAACUAAGUGGUGUGAUACCAAGCAUGCCGGGGAGUUUGCAGGUGUCAUUGAAUCUUAGUAGCAACCACUUUAGUGGUAAUACUCCCAACAAUUUUGGUAAUUUGGAUAGCCUGCAAGUCUUGGAUCUCUCAAAUAACAAAUUUCCUGGUCCAAUUCCCAACCAACUAACUGGAACGUCAACUUUGACACAAUUGUUACAUGCCAACAAUGCACUGCUGUCUGGUGAAAUUCCAAAAUUCAGUCAACAUCUUAAAGUUGUAUCUUCUGGAACUGGUCUAAUAAAUAAUACCUCACCUGACCAUACAAUAGCCAAUAGGCCCAACAUUGUCUCUAAGAAGGGAAUAUCUGUUCAUGUGACAAUUCUCAUUGCAAUUGUACCAGCUAGUUUUCUUGUUGGCAUUGUAAUUCAACUGGUUGUCUCAAGAAAAAGUUGUUGGCAACCUCAAUUCAUCGUAAGUAAUUUAUUAACUCCUAAUGCAAUUCACAAAUCAAGAAUUAACUUUGGUAAAGCAUGGAAGUUGUUGCAUACAUCAAAUGUUACUGAAACUAGUUUCAAGUUAAUUGCCAUGCCCUUUGGAUCAAUCUAUUUUAUCAAGAAUCUAAACUGUUCUAACAAGAUAUUGCCAUUGGGAAGUCAUGAUAAAUUUGGAAAAGAGCUAGAAGUCUUUGCAAAAUUGAACAAUUCAAAUGUCAUGACUCCUUUGGCCUAUGUUCUGUCCAUUGAUACUGCAUAUAUACUAUAUGAAUAUAUCUCGAAUGGCUCCCUCUAUGAUUUUCUUCAUGGAAGCAUGCUAGAUUAG